GUUGACGUGCCCUCAAGACAAUAAUUGAGGAACGAUAUCCGGAGAUUAUGGAGGUUGUUGAAUACCUGGAACUUAAUGCAACUCCUGCCCUCCAAAAUUAUAGGCGUGGGAAAUCCUUCUCUGCAUCAGAGUUGAUCAAAUGGCUUAAGCAGAAAUUGGAUUGUUUUGAUCCAAAACUAUUGCCAUCUCAGGGAUACAGAAGGCUUUGUGAUGCAUUUCGAUUGCUGCUAACAGUUCUCAAGACUCUAGUGGCUUCUCUAGCAUCUGGUAAAGCUGAUUUGGCUGCGAUUUUGAGGAACAAGUUUGUUCAAGAGUUUCAAAGGAUACCCUAUGCAGGCUUGGCUAUACGUAUAUUGAUGUGGAUUUGGGAUGGCGCAAAAGCAAAAUUUGAGCUCGCUGCGAAAUUUCUGUCUCUAAUGAAGGGGCUAUUUCAGCAGAUGGAGGAAAAAAUUAGAUCAUUAUUCCCUCUCUCUUUUGUGAUGACCUGAUUGAGGCUGUGGCUUAAGCCCUACCUGCUCGAAUCACCAUAGCAUAAGCAGAAGAAUGCAAGAAUAAACCUCAUUAUUUGAUCAACAGUGGGGCACCAUUAGUUGAUGAGUACCUAUUAAAUUUCAGCAUUUUCCCCCCUGUAUUCUAUAUGUUGCAAAACGGUUAUGUUUCCAAAUAUUUGAACUCCUACAUUUGUUUCAUAAAUAAAAUCCUGAAGGCCUUGAAGGAAAA